AAAAAAAAAAGAAAAAAAAAAGAAAAAUGAAAAAAAAAAAGGAAGAUGCCCUCCCUUCCUGUCUAGGGCUAAAUCCCUCUUCUUUAGGAAGCCAUCCCACACUUUUUUCCAUCCCCUUCCCUCUAUUCUCUAAACCUCUGUUCUUCAUUGCCAUAUUUUAUGCGUAAAUUUCUUUUGUGGUAUAUUUAGAUAAAAAAGAAGAAGAAGAGAGAAUGUAAUGAAUAAAGAACAUUAAAAAUGAAGGGUAGAAUCAUGAGACGUCACUGAUAUGCCUUCAACGGUUAGCUAGAGAGAGAAUACGCGAUUGGGUGGGAGACUCGGGGUUGCAGGGAGCUGGGUUAGCAGAGAGAGAGAAUGGGCUUGGGUAGAGAGAGCUUGAGGUCACCAAGGAAGAGAGGGAAGAGGGGUUCUGCUGGGGAAGGAAGAGAGAGAGAAGGGGAUUUGGCACUUUCAUAACCCAAAAAGGGGCAUGAGAGUUCCAUGGAAAUUCCCGAGUUUUAGAGGCUAUAAUAUUCUUCUCCCUCUCCAAUAUAGGCUCUCACUUAAUUCUUCUUCUCUCAUGCUCCUCCAUUCUCAUGCAUCCAAGCUUCUAAUAUCUUUUGAUGACUCCGUUCGUGAAAAAAUUACCAGAGCAAAUGCUUCGGAAUCGGAAUGGAUCUCAAGGAUGAGAGAGAGUUGCAAAAGAGGUGGUGUUGAAGAAGCCAUCACUCUUUAUUGCCACAUGAGUGCUUGUGGCAUAAAACCUGACAUUUCCAUGUUUCCUAUUCUCAUCAAGGCAUCUUGUCAGUCAUCGAAUGCUGAGUUGGGUAAAGCAAUUUUUGGGCAUAUUUUGGAGUUGGGUUUUGAUGAAGAUGUCAUUAUAGCCACUGCAAUAGUUGAUAUGUUUGCCAAAUUUUUAGAUAUUCAAAGUGCUCGUAAAGUAUUUGAUAAAAUUCUUAAGAGAGAUGUUGCUUCUUGGAAUGCGAUGAUAGCUGGUUAUUCUCGGAUGGGGUAUGUGCACGAGGCUUUGGUACUCUUUCACAGGAUGUUAACUUCUCUAAAACCCAAUUAUCUGACUAUCUCAAUUUUGCUUCAGGUAUGUGCAGACUCGGGUUUUGAGGAUCUUGGAAGGGUGCUUCAUGGCUAUGUUCUUCGACAAGGCCUACAAAGUGAUGUGUUUCUCCAUAAUUCUUUCUUGGUCAUGUAUAACAAGUGUGAUAAUAUAAAAUUUUCGGAGCGGCUUUUUGAAAGAAUGUCUAGAAGAGACUUGGUAUCAUGGAAUGUGAUGAUUUCGGGGUAUACACAUACUGGAUUUCCUGAAAAGGCAUUGGAAAUGUUUUAUAGAUUGCAAAUGGAGGGGCUCAUUUGUGAUUUGAUCACAUUGGAGGCGAUCCUUCAUGCUUGUGCUCAAUUAGGGGACAUUGAAGAAAGUAAAUACAUCCAUGAUUGUAUAGUUAGAUCAGGUUACUUCUUGGAUCUUUAUGCUGAUAAUUCCAUACUUGUCAUGUAUUGCAAGUGUGGAAGUGUAUACUCUGCACUUGAGCUUUUCAAUAGAAUGUCUCAAAGAAAUCUGGUUUCUUGGAAUGUAAUGAUUGAUGGGUUUGUAAGGGCUGGUCACCCUAGCAAGGCAUUAAUGAUGUUUAAGAACUUACGAGUCUUUGAAAAUAGAAUUAGUUCAGAAUCUCUGGUGGCUGCUUUGCAGGCUGUGAAGCAAUCUAAACAACUCAAUCAGGGCAUGUGCAUCCAUGGUCAAGCCAUAUUUUUUGGAUUUGAUUCUGAUGCAUUUGUUCUAAACUCUAUCAUCGGUAUGUAUGGUGCAUGUGCAAGCAUUACCAGCGCUCAUAAUUGCUUCCAGUUUAUGUGUGAAAGGAAUACAAUUACUUGGAAUACCAUGAUCUAUGUGUAUGCUGAGAAUGCAUGUUUUCGUGAAGCAUUUGAACUUCUUGGGUCCAUGCAGUUUGUUGGGUACAAAGCCGAUGCCAUUACACUUGUCAAUAUCCUCUUAGCAUGUACCCUAAGCUUAGAUUUGAAGCAUGGGAAGAUUGUCCAUGGUUAUGCAGCCAGAAAUGGGUUAGAAUCUGAUGUUUUUGUGGCUACUUCUUUGUUAGACCUCUAUGCAAAGUGUGGGAGACUAAGCAUGUCAUGCUCAAUAUUCCAGCUAAUUCCCACAAGAAACUUAGUCACAUGGAAUGCUAUGAUGCAGGGUUGCUGUAAAAAUGGGUUUUUUAGAGAGUCAUUGAGUCUGUUUCAUCUGAUGCAGCAGGUGGGCUUGGUGCCUGAUGUGACCUCCAUGGUUCUUCUUAUUCAAGCUUGUUCUCUGAGUGGUUGGAGAAAAGAAGGAAAGUUUAUUCAUGACUAUGUCAUUGGAGCAGGUCUUGAAUCAAACGAGUUCAUUGCCAGUUCCCUGAUAACCAUGUACUCAAAAUUCAAUGAUUUUGAUUCAGCAAAAUCUGUAUUUGAUGGAAAUUCUUCAAGAAACAUUGUAAUUUGGAAUGCCAUGAUUGCUGGUGUUGCCCAGAGUGCCCUUGCAAGUCAGGCUAUGACAUUAUUUCGCCUUCUUAGGCACAAUGAUAUUAUUCCUGAUUCAGUGACUUUUAUUUCAGUUCUUCCAUCUUGUGCUUGUUCAACAUGGUUGCAACAUGGGAAAUGGAUUCAUUCAUUGGUUAUUAGACUUGGAUAUGAAUCUGAUGCUUUUGUGGGGACUUGUCUGCUUGAUGUGUAUGCAAAGUGCGGUGCUAUAGACAUGGCUAGGCUUGUAUUUGAUGGAAUGGGCAUAAGAACAACACUCACAUGGAAUGCGAUGCUUGCAGCAAAUGGCAUACAUGGGAAUGUCGAAGAGGCCCACAAACUCUUUUCCCAAAUGCAGAAGUUGGGGCUGGAUCCUGAUAAUGUAACAUUCCUUUGCCUUUUAUCGGUUUGUAGACAUACAGGGGAGGUCGAGAAGGGCCUCCAGUAUUUUGAGUUAAUGACCAAAGUUUACUCGAUCGUGCCAAGAUCAGAGCACUAUGCCUGCAUGGUUGACCUUCUCAGCCGAGGUGGGCUCCUCUCAGAAGCUCUUAAAUUCAUUGAGGAGAUCUCAAUUGAACCCACAAGUAGUGCUUGGGGCUCUUUGCUCAGUGCAUGUCGUGAUCAGGGAAAUGUAGAAAUAGGAGAGUUGGUGUCUGAGAAGCUCUUUGAGUUAAAUCCAGAGCAAAGUGGAUACCAUAUGCUACUCUCUAACAUUUAUGCAGCGAACGGGAGGUGGUUGGAGGCUGCUAGUGUGAGAAUGAAGCUCAAAGAAAGGGGAGUGAGGAAGCAGCCAGCAUGGAGUGUUGUAGAAACUUUUUGAUAGAUGCGCUAAGAAUAAUCUUGACAAUGUUCUUAACUGCUAGUUUGUUACAGAUGUUGGGAAGCUGAACCAUGAUUUUCUAAGCACGACAUUAGAAGUUGUGAUGCUGGGAAGCUGAACCAUGACACCCAUUUGCAAAAAGAAACAUUUUAUUGGUUUUGAAGGAAAUGAAAGAAAAGGUUAGCCACAGAUGAUGCAUUUCUUGAAUGGAAUGUUGGAGCUCCAAAGUAUGGAUAUUAGAGUUGCAUAAAUGGGCCAAAAUGCAAGCAGACAUUAUUCCAAAACACAGUGGAACUCACUUACUAGAGAAAAAUAGCUUAAGAAAAGAAAGUGGACCAUGCAUAACAGGGAAUUGGAGACAACUACUUCACUAUUCCCUUUUCUUGAGCUGGCUCUUUCCCUGAUGAAAUUCCACAAUUCUGCUUUCCUGCAUUCUCCUAGAUGAGUGAACAACAAACUUGGAUUCUUUAGUUUUCUGUGGGUGAAUUCUGGUCUUGCAUUCAUAGAAACCAGUAUGCACAAAUAAGUUUCCAUUCUGAUUUGUUCUAUAAGCUAGUAGGCUACAAGAUAAAGAGAUAUAAAAUGUUUUGACCUGUCCUUUUCCUUUUUGCAUGUCAGGUUUCAGAUUUCGUUGUCAAGUGUGAAGGUUAUAUAAUGCAUAAUGAAUUCUGCUGAGGAGCCAGGGAACCUUCAUAGAAUAUUUCACGCAUUCAAUUGUUUCAGGCCUUGGGAGAGUUGAAAUGGAAAGAAGGAACUACUGCUAGAGUAAUCCUCUUAACUGAAGUUAAGGUGCAUCACCCUGUACUACAAAAUUGUGUUCGAUGCUUUCUAAUGCCUUAAUUGGUAAAUCACACUCCUGGUUAGAUUUUGGUGCAACUAUUAUUUUAAGCCUCCCCAAAAUUAAGUUCUAUUGAGUUUUUAAAUGAAGUUGUCCACUUGGUUGUCUCUAGUAGAGAUCUUGAAAGAACCAUUGUGAAAUACCAAGAGUGCGUAUAAAACUUGCAUUGUCAGGAUAAAAGAGCUUGAACUUCUAUUUACUCUUUCAUGGUAUUUAAUGAACUUUUAGCUAAACAAAUUGAGCAUCUGCACUUCACAAUGUUUCUAGAAGCCAAACAAUACAAGGAAUCAGGCUUCGGCUUGAUUUAGUUGCUGAUGGCUGCAAUUCGGUUCCAACUGCUGAACCAUUCAGAAAAAUGCUUAGGAAAUAAAAAAAUUAAAAAAAUAGAAAAAGCAAAAGGAUAGUUAUCAUAUAUUGAAGAAAUGGACAAUAGUUGGAGUUUCUGAUUCUGCCCUGGGAAAAAAUUGAACUGUUUUAACUUCAUGGAUCAGUGAUAACUCAGGGGUUCACAGAACUGAAUGAAGUGUACAGUUCAUAUUUCCUCCCUUAUGUAUGGGCAUUUUAUAUUGCAUCUAAAAUUAUACUUAGAUUCAUAUGUCCUUGUAAUUCACGCUAGAAGCCUUGCUAUUAUUUUUAAUAGCUAUGGAUAGAGGAUUGAUGUGUGUAAGAAAAAUGCAUAGAUGGAAAGAUGUGGAUGAAUAUAAUAGCCCGUACUCCCUAUUCCAAAAAAACAAAAAACGAUAUAAUAGCCUGUACUAGGUUCGAGUGAGGAACCCUUUCAAACUCUUGUUCAACCUCUUAAAAAAUCUUUUCGGAGUUUAUGAUUUUUGUAAACUAACUUCUCAAGAAUGUGCCAAAAGAACCCAAGAAAAGGUCCUAGAAGGAGCUAUUUAUUUCCAAUGAUCAUUUUGUUGUGAUCUUAAUCACCAAGUCAAGUGCCAGAUUUUACUCCUUGUUUUCUUAUUUCACUUUUUUGGUUUCUAGAAUGUGGAUUAUCAUUUGGAAGUGGUAUUGGAAAGGCCAAAAGCCUCAUUUGUUUCAGCAACUUGCUAUCCGUAGAGUUCUUUUCGGAGAGAGCUUCCUGCCUAUGAAAAAGUGUUUUCAUACCUAAAUAGGUAUGAAACCGCUUCCCACCAAAAUGCAAAAUGCAUUGUGCGCCCUUUUCAGUGUAGAGCAGUACUUUCUCUCAUGCUACACUUUCCCAUGGAAUAAACAUGGGAAAGCAUUAAUCCAGUGCGAAAGAACUUUUUGAGAGAACUUUUCUGUGAAACAAACGUGUCUGCAUGGAAUGUGCAUCUUUUCUGAAAGAAAAUGAUGUUAACAUGACAGUUAGUCACUUCAGAAAACCCAUUAUACCUGAAGUUUUAAUAAAAAAAUGCAUGCAAAGGCCCAUAUCCUCUGUCCCACAAUGAAUGCUAGAACUCCACUGGGUUUUAUGCAAAGCAUGAUUACAACUUAUUCAAGUUUAUCAAUAUUUGUCUUUGUUGAGGGACCAUGGAGAAGUCUACGACUUUGAAGCUUUCAUAUGCCAUAUGCAUGAAGGAUUCAAAUACAAUACAGUCCGCACUUAUUAAAUCUGAAUGGACCGACGGUCUGACCAGUAUAACCGGCAACUAGAACCAUGUCCAGUCGUUUGGAAGAUCUAAACCUGGAUAUUCAAAGAACCAGUCAAAACAGGAAUUUGCCUGGUCCGACCGGUUCAAUCACCGGUAACAUUCUGUCAUACCAACCAAUUGACUAAAAAUAAAGAGUCAAAUUUGUCAAGAGCUCAAAGUUCUUGCUUUUUUGGGUUAUUUUUCUAAAUUUUUGCAUUUAUUUUUCUUGUCCCAUUGAUCUUGCUGUUUCAUAUGUGUUUUUGUUUUUUGUUUUUUGUUUUGUUUUUAAUUCUUUUUAGUAGUCAUCUUUUGGUUUGAAAGUCUUUGGGUAGCCUUGGAUGCACGUUGACGACAAUCAUCAGGCAUGGGUUUGUUCGAUGAGGAGUCCUAUGAAGCGCCAUAAAGAGCUCAAGUAAAGAUUUAAGCCAAGGCGGGCUAAAGCUCACUAGUUGCACAACUAAAGAUGCCCUCAAUAUCAGAGAGAUUGGAGUAUGAGGUAUACGCAUGGUGUGUUUAUCACCUCAACCAAGGUUCAAGAUGAGAUUUUAUAAGGGAGCUGACAUGGUCUACUCAAAUUGAUGUCCUUGAGAUCAUGUAGCUUGUACGUAGCUAAGUAUGAACAUCAUAAAUGUUCAGGUUGAUGCAUGGAUGUGAUUGUGGGGUUCUUAGAUGAUGAUUGAUUUUAUAGUUGUGAAGAAAUUGUAACCUGCAUGGAAUGGAUUCUAACACACAUUUUUAUGUGAUCCAUUAUGACAUAUGAUUCAUACCA